CUAUAUUAGACAUGGCUAUCACCAAGAAAUGUUUUGCCGCAUUUGUACUCAUCCUCCUCUUUGUCAUGCCUUUCGUUUAUUGCUCGGAAUUAGAUAACACUUCUGGUUUUGAAAUAAAGCAAGAAGAUAAAUGCUACGGCCCAGAACCGUGUAAAAAUGGUUACGAAGGAUGCUUGUUCUUUUGUGUAAGAAUAGCCUAUUACUUAUAUGGGGAAUGUACUAUGAAGCCUGAUCAUCAAAAGCAUUGUUGUUGUGUGACAAAAUAAUCUAAUAAAAUGUUGAUAUUUACUAAAAGCAACAUAACUAGUUUUCAU